AUCAGAGUUGGGAGUUCCAGCUGAUAUUGGACGUAAAAACCCAAUAUCAUUUUAUAUGACCAUCAAACCUCAGUACAACUAUGCCCCCGAGGGACAGUAUAAAAACUACAUAUAUGGGUAUAAUAAGGUUUAAGGAAAACCAUCUUUUCUAUAAAAUACCUCAUCCAUUGACAAGCGGUGUCAGUCGAUUUAUACGUUCGUGGUGUUCACACAUUCCAGUUCUUGCAUUAUGAGUAGAUUAAUUUUUACUUUUGUUGGGACUUUCGCCAUUUUUCAAUCAACAUCGCACUAUGUCGCGGCCGAUCCAUCUAAAGUCGAAAUGCCGGAACAGUGCGCUGGCAUGAACUUCUGCGUUCAUAAACACGAAGACUAUCCAGAUGAAGCUAUUGAAAAUUUACUUAAAGACUCGAAAAAAAUGUAUGAAGAGUAUCCUGAAGAUUUUGUUCUAAGAAUUGGACCUGAACAGGAUCAGAUGGCAGAAGAUGAGUGCGCCUCUACUUCUCAUGUAGAUCCAAUCUAUGAAAUCGUAGACAUCCAUGGCAACAUUCGAUUUGUGGUGCAAUCGGAAAGAUUUAAACAAAUCAUUAGGAUUGAGCAGUGCGAGCAGCCGGGUCGUUUGAUGAGUGGGACUAGGAAUAUAAACGGAGAGUUACUCGACAUCGUGCAUCUGGAAUGCAAGCAAUGCACAAUGAACUACAAGUUCACGGUGCUGGGUUUGGAUCGCAAGUCGUUAGAAGCUGUAGACGUGCAAGGUGGUUUGCCGGUCUGCUGUUCAUGCCGAACGCAAUAAGCGUAUUAUCAUUUGGACUCAUGACGAACAAAUGCGAAGUGACAACACAAUUCGGAAGACGCCUAAUGGUACAAACAAUAGACUGGUCGUUUCAGUUAAAUAUUUAAUAUAAACAAGGGCACACACAAUACAAGUAUUAUGUCAGUACUCUGCAGGAUGCGCGCUAGUCGCUGUGGUAAAACGUCAUUGUUGCGAACAUGAAAGAUCCCGCUCGACAAGCGCGGGCUGGUACCGCGGCAAACGAAAUCAAUCCGCCCGUGGCGUGGCCUUGUAGGGUCGGUUGGCGGGGUGCGGGGCAAUGAUGCAACGUGACGUAUAUACUUGUGACCGCACCGAUGUGCGUGCACCUUUUGUUUCUUUUUUAUUUAUUUAAAAGACUGAGUCACUUCUGAUUCUGUUAGUCUCAUAAAUAAUUCAAAUUUAUAACGUUUACGUGCGCGUUCUGCCUAUCGUCUCAAUUCCCCGCUCAGCCAAUAGUAAAGCGCGUAGCAGAUUGGGGCCGUGUCGCCAAUGAUUAGUCGGUUACCGACUUCUGCCACGUGCGCGCACGCAUCAAUCGAGCUCUCGCGCGCUUUUACCCGUAAAACCUAAAUGUAUCUUUUGUAUUUAAACUCUUCAUGCAGAUGUGUAUUAAUAAUUUGUGUCAUGUGAUAUUAAAGUGUUAGUCGCCAA